GAGGGGCGGCGGUGGCGGCGGCGGGGGGCGGCCAUGGUGUCGCCGGCGGCGCGGCUGGUGGGGCAGGGCGUGUGGGCGGCGCUGACCGGGGGCUGGUACCACGACCCGGAGCAGGGCGCCUUCACCAACAGCUGCCACCUCUAUCUGUGGCUGUUCCUGCUGACGCUGCCCAUGGCCCUGCACCUGGCUUUUCCAGCAAAUGCAGUGACAGUUUUUGUGUACUGCAGCUCAGUGACAGUUUUCUUCACGGUAAUAAAGGUGAUCAGCUACCGUUUACACCUUAUGUUUGACAAAGGCGAAGUAAUUCAACAAAAGCUUUCAAGAAAAAAUGGAAGGCAAUGUAAAGAUACAGAGGUUCAAAAAGGAGAAGCGGCUGAGUCCUCAAAUUGUAGCAAUAACUCUGGGGAUCACGUCGUCGGUGAGACCAGCCCCAAUGGCUCCACGCAGACAAUUCCUGACAGUUCCAGAGUGCAGGCCCUGCACUCGCAGGACUCACCUGGAGCCACGGACCUGCCAACACGGGAAACUAUUGAAGAUCUUAGAGGUGUUAUGGUACUAGAAGAUCAGGCUACACCACCAGUUUCAUCUACCUCACCCUGUAUCAAAGCAGAUACAUUGCCUGUUUCUACAACCUCCAGUUCAGGUGCCAUCACAUCAGCAAUAGCAACAAAACCAGCUGGUAUGGAACAAUUUCCUGGUGAUGGAGUAAAGGAAAAGGGAUUGAAUGGACAGCCUUGUGGCCACCAUGGAUCCCAAGAUAUUCUUGUGGAGAGAGACGUAGCUAAAAACUUCUCCAAUAUUUCUUCAUCACAAGGUGAUAUUUUAAGGACUGGAGUUUCUUCAGAGCCAUGGGACAGUGAAAAUUCUGUUAUUUCAGACCAUUUAAGUAAUCCUAGAAGCUACAAAAGAGAGAAAUUGCCAGAUGGAUCACCACAGACAGGCUUUCCCAAUUACUGCCCACAGUGCAAUGCUAUUGCAACCAAAGAGCACGAGCAGAUGGAAAGCUCUUGCAAUGCUGAUAAUGAGGACCUUGAUUGCUCAGACAGUGAGACUGCUGUUGCAGUUGUGGACAAUUCUCUUCCUGGAGACCAGCUGUGUGAGCCCAUUAAAAUUGUCAUCACAAUGAGUACUACACCAAACACCACCCUUAGUGACCUACCUGGCUCUGUCCACUUACAGGCCCUGGAAAGUGAGAGAACAAGCUCAGCCCUUGACUCUGGUGUAGUUAGAGCAGGCUGGUCAAGUCAGCAAACUAAUGAACAGCUCAGAAUCCCUGUUAUCACAUUUGACUUGUCUGAUGACAGUAAAGCCAAGCCUUGCUCAGAAGUUAGUGAAAGUGACAGAACUCCAGAAAUGUUGAGGGCAGAGCUGUCAUCCAACCAAUGCUCUGGCUAUGAGUCAGGUGAUGCCGUAAAGGAGCUCAGCAACCCAGCUAAUACACCUCUAGAAACUAACACUUGUUCAGAUCCAAAUCAGGAAAAUGCUUUGGAAAAUGUCCAGACUGUGGAUUUAAGUUCUAAGGAAGACUUGCAUAACCUAGACCCGCAGUCCUGCAGAACUGCUCAUGAAAAGAGGCACAUGCGUGUGUUGAGUGUAGACAGUGGGACAGACGUGCUUUUAAGUAAGAAUUUUGUGGAGGUAUCUGACAAAGAAAAGACCUUACCAACCUCUAAAUCAGAUCUAGAAGCUAAAGAAGGUCAGAUGCCCAACGAAUCUAACUUUCUAGAAUUUGUCUCCCUCUUGGAAUCCAUUAAUACCUCAAAGAUGAAGACAUCUAAUCACUCCACUGUCAAAAUGGAGACAACAAAGGAAAAUGGGCUUGUUGGAGAUAGCCAGACGACGGAGAGAAAAGAAGAAUUGGUGGGAACAGAAAAGCACUGUGAGCAACUUCCUAAACAGGAAAGAUCAGAUGUACAAAGCCAAGAUCGUGCUAGUACUAGUCCGGUGCUACCAGAGUCUGCCAAAUUUGCAGCACUUUACCAGGGCAGCAGGCAAAGGCAGAUAAUCUACCGGGUAACUUCUCAGCAAGACAGUUCUGUCUUGCAAGUAAUAAGUGGACCUGAGGCGUCUGUGCAAGAUGAGCUCUCCGUGGAUGCCAUGCAUGUGUUCAUAGAUGAAAACGGGGAAAUCAGGUCCUGCUACUUAAAAGCUGGCUGUCAGAAGGAAGGAAAUUUUAGACAUCAGCUAUCAAAUUGUGAUUGUAUGUCAAAUGCUCAUGAAAUACAGUUCAGCUCCUCCAGCACUACCACUUCAGAGAGCCAAGAGCCAUCUUCUGGGGAUCAAGCAGCCAGCGCUCUUCAGCAGCAGCUCCUGCUGAUGGUGGCCAGAAGGACCCUUUCAGAAAACCCACGGCAGCCCAGCCAGGACCCUGAGGAUUCUUCAUGUUCUUCAGCACAGCGGAAGCUGAACAGGCAGUUUUACAGAUUUGUUAUAUUCCCUGGCAAGUGGAUUAAAGUCUGGUAUGAUCGUCUUACCUUGUUGGCAUUGUUGGACAGGACAGAAGAUAUAAAGGAAAAUGUGUUUGCUGUCCUUCUAGUAGUUCUUGUUUCCCUUCUUGGGUUCCUGACUCUGAACCAGGGAUUCUGUAAAGACAUUUGGGUUCUGCUGUUCUGUCUCGUAAUGGCCAGCUGCCAGUAUUCUCUCCUCAAGAGUGUUCAGCCUGAUCCUGCUUCGCCCAUACAUGGACACAAUAAAAUCAUAAUCUACAGCAGACCUGUAUAUUUUUGUAUAUUGUGUGGCCUUAUUUUGCUGCUAGAUGCUGGAUCUAAAGACACAAAUCCUCCUGUUUAUACGAUGUAUGGCCUGAAGCUCUUCUCACCCAGGUCUCUCCAGUCAGCCAGAGACCAUGUCAUAGUGUUUUUGUAUUGCUUUCCUGCAAUUUCUCUUCUUGGACUUUUCCCUCAAAUCAAUACCUUCUGCAUAUAUCUUUUGGAACAAAUAGAUAUGUUGCUUUUUGGUGGUUCUGCUGCUGCUGGGUUUGUGUCUGCAUUGUACAGCAUUUCCCGAAGCUUUGUUGUUCUGAUUGUCCUAUAUGCCUUCUGCUUCAGUGCAGUGAAGGAACCCUGGGAUGCACAGCACAUUCCAGCACUGUUCUCUGCUUUCUGUGGUCUGCUAGUUGCACUUUCUUAUCACCUCAGCAGACAAAGCAGCGACCCAUCUGUGCUGAUGUCCCUUAUUCAGUGUAAAUACAUCCCUCACUAUCUACGCCAGCGAUUUGAAGAUUCAUCAGAAGAUCCACUCCCGGAAAAAAUGAGAGAAUCAGUGAAAGAAAUCUUGAAAUCGGAUCUCAUUGUCUGCACAGCAGCUGCUGUUCUGUCAUUUGCUGUCAGUGCCAGUACUGUGUUUCUGUCACUAAGGCCAUUUCUCAGCAUUGUGCUGUUUGCUUUAGCGUGGACAGUGGGAUUUGUAACACAUUACAUCCUUCCUCAGCUCCGCAAGCAUCACCCCUGGCUGUGGAUCUCCCACCCCAUACUCAAAAGCAAAGAGCACCAGCAGCGGGAAGUGAGAGAUGCUGCUCAUUUGAUGUGGUUUGAAAGGCUUUAUGUGUGGCUACAGUGCUUUGAGAAAUACAUUUUAUAUCCAGCCAUAAUACUGAAUGCACUCACCAUUGAUGCUUUCUCAAUUAGUAAAUACAAGAAGCUUGGUACACACUGUGACAUUAUCCUGAUAACAGUUGCUGGGAUGAAACUCCUCCGCUCCUCAUUCUGUAAUCCUAUUAAUCAGUUUGUUACUUUGAGCUUUACUGUGAUCUUCUUCCGAUUUGACUACAGAGAUAUUUCAGAAAAUUUUUUGCUGGAUUUUUUCAUGAUGUCCAUUGUGUUUCAUAAGCUGUGGGACCUACUGCAGAAGUUGCAGUUCAUCAUGACAUACAUUGCUCCCUGGCAAAUUGCCUGGGGGUCGUCGUUCCAUGUUUUCGCUCAGCUCUUUGCAAUACCUCACUCCGCUAUGCUUUUUUUUCAAACUCUGGCUGCUUCAGUCUUUUCUACACCACUCAGUCCAUUUCUGGGUAGUGUCAUCUUCAUCGCAUCGUACGCACGGCCGAUCAAGUUCUGGGAGAAAAACUACAACACCAAAAGAUCAGACCAUUCCAACACCAGACUGGCAAUUCAGAUCGAAAAGGAUGCAGGAAAUGAUGACAAUAAUCUCAACUCCAUUUUUUAUGAGCAUUUGACAAGAUCUCUGCAGGAGUCUCUUUGUGGAGAUUUGAUCCUGGGCCGCUGGGGAAACUACAACACAGGAGACUGUUUUAUUCUGGCAUCGGAUUAUUUAAAUGCCUUUGUGCACUUGAUCGAAAUUGGAAAUGGCCUUGUCACCUUUCAGCUCAGAGGGCUUGAAUUUCGAGGGACAUACUGCCAGCAGAGAGAGGUGGAAGCUAUAACAGAAGGAGAUGAAGACAACGAAGGCUGCUGCUGUUGUAAGCCCGGGCACUUGCCUCACCUGCUGUCCUGCAAUGCAGCCUUUAACCUGCGCUGGCUGACGUGGGAGAUCACGCGCACCCAGUACAUCCUGGAGGGAUACAGCAUCAUUGACAACAAUGCUGCCACCAUGCUGCAAGUGUUCGACCUGCGCAGAAUCCUUAUCAGAUACUAUAUCAAGAGUAUAAUAUACUUUACAGCAAGUUCUCCCAAAAUCCUGGACUGGAUAAAAGAUGAAUCCAUCCAAAAGAUACUGCAGCCUUAUGCAAAGUGGCAUUAUAUUGAACGUGACCUUGCGAUGUUUAAUGUUAACAUAGAUGAAGAUUAUGUACCGUGUCUCCAAGGAAUAACAAGAGCUAGCUUCUGCAGUGUUUAUCUGGACUGGAUUCAGUUCUGUGCCAGGAAGAGGGUGGAGCACCUGGACAGCGAUGAGGAUUCUCCUCUAGUGACACUUUCCUUUGCCUUGUGUAUACUGGGUCGGAGAGCUUUGGGAACUGCAUCUCACAAUAUGGCCAUCAGCUUGGAUUCCUUCCUUUAUGGGCUCCAUGCACUGUUUAAAGGAGACUUCCGCAUAGCAGCGAAAGACGAGUGGGUCUUUGCAGACAUGGAUCUGUUGCAUAAGGUUGUUGCCCCAGCAAUCCGAAUGUCUCUGAAGCUACACCAGGACCAGUUCACGUGCCCAGAUGAGUAUGAGGACCCAGCAGUUUUGUACGAAGCCAUCCAAUCCUUUGAAGAAAAGGUUGUGAUUUGUCAUGAAGGGGACCCGGCCUGGCGCAGCGCAGUCCUGUCCAACAGGGAGGAGCUGCUGACUCUCAGACAUGUGGUAGAUGAAGGAGCAGAUGAAUAUAAAGUUAUCAUGCUCCACAAAAGCUACCUGAGCUUCAAGGUGAUCAAGGUCAACAAGGAGUGUGUCAGAGGGCUUUGGGCUGGCCAGCAGCAGGAACUGAUUUUCUUACGCAAUCGUAACCCGGAGAGAGGAAGCAUCCAGAACAAUAAACAGGUGUUGCGGAACUUAAUUAAUUCUUCAUGUGAUCAGCCACUGGGAUAUCCAAUGUAUGUUUCCCCCUUAACCACCUCGUACCUUGGGACACACAGCCAACUGAGGAACAUUUGGGGGGGACCUGUCAGUUUGGACAACAUUAAAAAGUGGUUCAAAUCCAAGUGGUUAAGAAUGCGAAAGGACUGCCAUGCAGCAGCUCACCAUGAGAGAGGCAAUGUUGAAGAGGUGGAUAGUGCAGGGGGGUCUUCAUCUAGCAACAAUUCCACAGGGAAUUCAAGCCAGAGCAGUAGCUCACAGCCCACCAGGGAUGGAACCCCUCAGCUGCAAACUUCAUCUCAAGAGGUCCACCAGCGGGCAGGCAGGAGAAAACCCAGGAGUCAGUCUGUCCAGGCACACACUGCUUUAAACCAAAGGCCCCCUGCUUCAAGUCACUCUGGACCAAUUGUAGAAAGCCGGCAGCCUUUCAUCCAAACGUCUACAUCUGCCCACGAAAUUGCCCAAAGGCUUUCUAGUAGUCAGCUAUCAUUCCACAACUCUGCAACAUCUGUGUUUUCUCAGUCCCCUGCUGUUCCUGUUGCUGGCCAGCUGACUGUGCAGGACCGAGCUGCAGCAAUGCUCAGGUCCAGCCUGGCCUCCUCCACCAGCUCAACUCUCAGCCUGCUGUUCGGCAAGAGAAGUUUCUCAAGUGCUUUAGUGAUUUCUGGGCUCUCGGCUGCAGACGGAGGCAACACGAGUGACACACAGUCAUCCAGCAGCAUGAACAUCGCCAUGGGGCCAUCUGCCAGAGCAGCAAGCCAGGCAGCUCGGCAAGUCACUGAGACCUGUGAGGCAACAGAUACUACAGAAACAAGACCCCAGCGGGAGGCGGGUCCGGCCCAUGCACUAUUCAUGAGUCGGAACCUGGAGUGCAGGAGGGCCAGCCAAGAAGACAUGGCCCUGGAAGACACCGCUUCUCAGCAGAGCCUGUCUGAGGAGCAGUAAGGAGCAUUCCUAGCACAAGGGCCACGCGCUUCUUAGCAUUAAAUACAGAGUUAGGUCAGGAAGAUGCGCAUGGGUUUAGGUUCUUUCCGAUGUAAUAAGCAACCUUCAAAUGUUUAUUUUUCUAACUUCCACAUAAGAAUAUUACAGGACAGAUGUUCUUCAGCUAAUGGCCUUGGAAUGGGUAGGGUUGGAAAAUAUCCUAAAAAACACACAGUGCCACUUCAUCUCAGGUUCUUGUAAAUCCUAGAACAAUGAAUACAACCUGUUUAACGUUCCUUCCCCUGGAAUGGUUAGAAUCACAAACAAAUACAGUAGGAAAUAUUAAUACAACUCAGUGAAAAGCACACAAAAAACAUCUCUUUCCUGCCAUAACUAAACAGCUGAUUGCAUGCAAACUAAUUGAAAUUUGGUAUAUAACAUAUAGCAAGAGGCAACUAAGAACAGAAGCAAUGAAUACAUAAAAGGACAGUACAGUGUCCUGUAACAUUAGAGCUAAAUCUGAUUUUUUUUUUUCCAACAGCAAAUCUCAUUUUUCUUUGAUGUAUUAUGCGGGUGCUAAUGCUGAAUAGCGACACAGCCUCUCAGACUGAUAUACUGCAUGCAGCCAUACUGAAAUAUUGUGUGAACGAGCCACACUACACCAAUUAACAAAAGUGUAAGAAGAGAAAGUAUCCAGUGCAUGGAAAGUCUUCAGAGUAUAUGGUGCACCUUAUCUGCAAAGCAGCUUUGCAUAAAUUAGGUAUUAUCUUGUGCUCCUGUUUGGUUUACAGCAGUGUUUCUCAAAUUCUAAGCAACAGUACCCUUAGGAGUCGCAAAAGGGCCAUGGGGAAUCCUCCUCAAGGACAAAGCAGGCUGUAAUUACUGUCUGGAAGUGUUUAUGUUAGGAAGGGAACAGCUAAAUACCUUUAAUUGCUGGACACAGCUCACUGUCCAUAAACACUUGUAGCCAGUAAUUACAAAGCCUUCUGACUUCCCUCCCCCAGAGAAAACUGAGCUGCUGCCAAUAAAGACAGAUGAUACAAAAAGGGAGGCUAUGCCUUCACAUGGUUUGAAAAACACCAAUUUACAGGAAUGCAUGACUACUUCGAAACCCAAAAAGCUACAACAAAUCCUUCCUCUACUACAGAGUCUAAACAAACACACAUGUGGUUUUUUUUCAAUUAAAAAAAAAAUUGCAGCUAUCAGUGUCUUGCUGUUCCUCUUUACUGUAACUACCAUAGAUUGUUUCUAAAUCUCAACACAAUGAUGUGCAGCCAGGCUGUCUUGUCCCAAUUAACAAGAUUUAACAAGAGAUGCUGUAGCUAAGUCUCAUUACUCUUAGGCAAUACUCAGUUGCAUUCUGAGCUUCCUACUGUGCCACACUUCAGAUCUGAGUAGAACUAAGACUGAGUGAAAAUAAAAUGAUCCAAGUAUUUUGUGUGGCAGCUGUUUCUGGGUCUUCUGUUUGCAAUUGUUUUCACUUGCUUUCUGCCUUACUAAAUUAAGAAACCCAUUCUUUUUUACUUCACUUCAGAUCUUGAUGAGUUGAUUAUUAAUAAAGCUUAGCACAAUCAAGGAAAAAUUCUGCUCAUGUUCACAAAGACAAAAGCAGAGUAUGCACAUACAGCCCUCUAGACACAUGGUCAUCAGUGCACUUCAGGCCCUACUAAUGUCUCCUCUAGCAUCCAGGUGAUAUGUGGAAGAGGAAACUGAAUUCAGCUGCUCCCUUCUGACUGGCUGAUGAUAACUCCUAUCCCACUGAAAUAAAUGGGCAGGAGAUCUUUCUCCUUUUAAAUGCCUUUAUUAAGAAGAAUCAGCUCAGGUGGGGAGAAAUCGACGGGUCGCGCCCACGCCGCCGCUGCUCCCAGGCAUGGCACGGAGGAGGAGGGUGAUGCAGCUUUGUCCUCUGGUCUGAAGGUAGAGCUCGAGAUUCCGUCCUCAUGAGAAAUUAGGAGAUUCCACCUUUUUGUCCAACACCUCGGGUUCUCUUUCUAGUCAACAUCUUUUGAGGUUAGGGUGAGAAGCAAAAAGGAUCCAAGCAGGCACUGGACUACGCUCCCAUCCUUAGACAUCACCUAGGUCCCCUAGUUCUAUGUUGGCUUGUUGAUUUUAGGGGAGUUCCUGGAAAACUGCAAAAUUUGGUGCAAUGCAUUUCUCAUCUGCAUACUAGCUCUGAUGCCACUCCCAGUCUCCUGGUACCUGCAGGGUCCCGGUGUCAUUCCCUGGCAAGCAUCGGGGGGACAAUGGUUAAUCACCAACCAUUAACAGGUAAUUGAAGAAGAACUCUUUAACAAUGAAGCUAACUUAACAGCAACUGGUCCAACUUGUUUUAACUCUGCAACCUUAAAAAAAAUAGAUAACUUUUUAUUCAUAACACCACCACACUGUUCAUGAAGUGCUUAAUUACAAAUGAAGGAUGGAGGUUAUUGAAGUAGGCUCCUACUAACAGCCACCAGCCCUAUUUCCACUUUGGGGGCUUUUGCAUGGCAGUCCACAGGAUAAACCAUCACUGCUUUGUCUUCCUGCAUGGAGGUAGGGCAAACAGGUGUCUCAAAAGCACUGAAAACUUUCCCACAUUCACCUAGCAUCACUUAGGCCUGCAAUUUUCACAUCUUUGAUUUUGAACCAAUUUCCAUCAAAAACAAGUAAUUCUGGUAGUCCCAAUCAACCUAAAUUAUUCUGUGUAUCCAACUCAAGCAUACUAAACCAGAUUGGGGAAUGACUGCUCAAAUUCCUUCAGCACCAACCACUGCUGAAAGUACUAUUUACUUAGCGUGGGUUGAGGCCCAGUGACAGCACCUUCGCAAGACCCCACAACCUCUGGUACUGCAUCCUAAAAAAAAAUGCAGCUGCCUCACAGUUCCUGACUUCCCACUGUCCCCUGGAGCAUAAGUCCUUGGGGACAGCAGUUAUGCCAUAAAGUCCAGAUUCUUGCUGCACAAGGUGGCUGCCAAAAAGGGCAGGUUCUAACACCUCUGUGGAGUCACAGCGAGCAAGCACGGCAAAACAGGAGUCAAGGCAAGAGUUAAAAAUCCAUUCCUUUUUUGUAGCCACGUCUUACAUAGUUUUUAUUUUGCCUUAAAGUUGCUAUUGUAGCAUAGUGGGUUGAAAAAACCCGAGAGUGACCACUAACAAGCAAGUGUAACAUAGGAAAAAAAGAAUCAAAUUGAGUACAAACUCUCCCAUGUUAUGUUUCUCUGUAUUUUUGGAGAUAGUCUGCUGUUAUAGUAGUAAGACUACUGCUAUAAGCAUCAGUUUUAAAUAUGAGACAAUCCUACAGAAUAAUCUGACAUAAUGGUUAGGAAUAAAACCUGCAACUAGGCAUGAGGUUGUAUUGAUUAAACACAUCUUAGACUCCCCCAUUUUUGCAUGAGGUAGACAUACACCCAGUGAACUCUUGAUUGGGACAGAAGGUGCAUUCAAGGGCUCUGAUGCACACCAAGCUAAUAAAUAGGAACCUAACCUUUACACAAAGCCUAAUUUGAACAAUAAGCUGCUCCAAACAGCUCUGCAUAAUACCAAAAGGCACCUGAGUUCUCAAUUCCAGUGCCUACAUACACAUGAAGGCUUUGAGUGACACUUCUACUCCUGAAAAACAGCUUGAUACCUAACCUUACACACAAUGUGCCUCAGAGAUGCAAGAUGGAAAUACACCAUUUUUGGAGCAAGUUUCAGCCUUUAAAAGAAAAGCAAAUGCAAUUUGCAUUGCUUUUAUGUAAUCUGUGAUCCUGCUGAUGUGUUUCACAAUGCUGAACACUGUUAAAACUUGGCCCUAAAGUUGCUCAGGCUUAACAGUUUGCCUACAUGUCUGAUCUCUUGCUACAGCUGUGAUGCAGCAAAGAUGCUGCCACCACCAUGUAAGGAUCUUUUACCAAGAGUUCCACCAGGGUUUUUUGCAUCAGGUGAUAUGCUUGAUUUUUCCAGAGCUGCAGAGGCCACUUACCUCACUCAGCCAGUCCAGAAUGUUUCUGUUUCUACAACAGGAAAAUAGCGACAUUCCCAUCUUGUUAGCAAGCUGAAUGCAUCCUUCGAGGAAAUCUAGUGCUCAGUCCACAAGACCAUUUGUACAUGCAGUUCUUUCAUAGAAAAGUCAGAAGGGAUGAAGAGAUGGAGGCCUUUUCUG